GUAUGGUCCCUGGGGCAUUGUCUUGACCGUGUAUGUCAUGACUGUAUUCGCAUGAGCAUUUUUCAUCCUGUCUCUCCUCAUCCGCCUCCUCCGCCACCUGAUCUGCCUGCUACUCUCUGUUCAUCAUCUAGCUAUAUAAGGGAUUUGACCGUAUUCCCUGCAGGACUCCAACGGCCGGCCUGCGGAGACGCCUGAACCGACGAUGGAGCCCGGGGUUCCAUGCCUGUGCAAUUGCACUGGUUCGUGCUGCUCGUUCGUCUAUUACGACACAGAUGGUAGUGGAUGUCUGGAGCAUUCGGAGGCCCAAAUUGCGGGUGCAAACGCGACGUACAUGAGUCCACCUUAUGAGCAGUAUGAUUUGGAUGGCGACGGUUGUCUCAACGAGACCGAAGCAGUCUGCCCUCCAGAACUGCCAACGAGUGGCGAAGCCCCUUGCGGACAGUAUGUGGCGGUUGGCACGAGCGUUCCCCAAUCAUGCGCUGGGCAAACCAGGCGUCGCCGCACGAAUGAGUGCGCCAGUUGCGAUACUGGCACGUUCGCCGUUGCCGACUGCGACAAUUGCAUGGAGGAUGAUGCGAUGUACCUCAGCGCGAGUGCAAGCGUGAGCGACACCAGGAUCUACGUCAACAAGGACACCGACUUGGGCGGAUUCGCUCCGUCCGUCGGAGAUUCAAUCACGAUUUCGAAGUGCUGCUGUGAAAGCGCUAGCGACCACGGUACGUUCGUCAUCACAGGCGCCGCGCCUACCAUUCCUGCCAACUCCUUCGACAUUCCGGCAUUGACCAUGGAUUUCAGCCAGUUCGAUCGUGUUACUAAGACUUGUUCUUCGACAGAUGGAGUUGGCUAUCCCAGCUUCUUCCCGUGCGGAUGUGGCUCCGAGGUUUGUGGCGAGUCAACGAAGUGCGAUAUUACCGGCAAUGGUGGUUGCGGCGCUUGCAUCCCCACGACUUUGCCGACACCUGCCCCGACAGUGUCGGCCAAGGGUGACCCGCAUUUGGUCAAUCUGAAUGGGGAGCACUUCGACGUGAACCACGGAGGGGAAUUCGUUCUCCUGCGGAUCCCCCAGAACAUUCUCAAGCCCGCCGAGGUGGAGCUGAAGGCUACAAUCCUCCCCGAGCACGGGAAGCCGUGUACCACAUACAUCACCGAGGUGGAGCUCGCAGGCAGUUGGCUCGGCAGCAAGGUUGUGCAGGUGCGCUCCUACCUCAGGUCGCAUGCCAAGAACGAGACCGACAAAUUCCUGGGCCUCCGCGUGCUGGAUCGAUCCCCCAACGCGCUUGCCGACGAGGCCCCUUGGGAGAAACUCUCGCAGUGGGCCGACGCGAGCUACGUCGUCUCAGAGCCUCAGACGAAGGAUGGCUUCGGGGUGACCGUGUCCACGGCGAAGUGGCACAGCAAGAAGGACGCCAGGGAGGAUGUGCCGACCGUGGCAGGGCAGGUCGAGAUCCAGGUGAAGAAUAAGUUGUUGAGCAGCGAGCCCACGAAGUUCGUCAUUCGCCAGGACCUUCCCAGGCAGGAGCACCUGAAUCUGGCCGUGCGUCGCCUGAGCUCGCUGGGCCGCGCGGACGUUGGCGGCUUGCUUGGGUUCGACGCGCACCCUGAGUCCCUGGAGGAUGUCACGCCCGAGUGCCAGCGCCACAGGGACGGUCUCGACCGCGAGACUGGCCCCCGCCACAACAAGCCAGACUGGAAGGUCCGCUGGGAGAAGAUCAGGGAGCAGCGCAUGCAGCCGCGCCACACCGACAGCCUGAACGACAACGAGGCUGCCGCCAGCCUUGCCAACAGGGAUAUGAUGUGCGUGUGCCCCGGUGACACCUCUGGCGGCCUCGCAGAGGACGUGUUCGUUGAGGGCCUGGUUGGCGGCGAUCACAACGGUGGCGUCCUCGUCGAGUUUCAGACGGGUAGGCUCGCCGAGGCGACGUGGGACUGAGGCACAGGUGCAUCGACCGGCUGGUGGCCGGAUUCGCAGACCCUUUUGUACACCUUCUCAGAGGGCAUUCGAGCCAGGGAGUGCAGGGAAUGCCAGCUCCUCCUCUCUCUUUCCAUGGCGCAUCCUUCAGGCAGGCCUGGGAUUGGCCAUUCUGGCCGAUCCGCUUCGACUCCAGUAUAUCGACGACGCGACAUGUCCCAAGUGCUUGCGUGGCACUGUUGCGUAUCCUGGCGCGGCCGAUCCGAGUCGGUUUCGACUCCGUGCCGACGCGGCCCGGUCCCACGCACACUCCGAUGCCAUCCGGUUGCCGAUGCAAAGCAUGCAGGUGGGCCUCUCCUGCUCGCUGCUUCUCUUUCCGUUGUCCUCCUCGCACGCAUCCCUCCUCAGUCCGCCUUUUUCCUGCCCUCGACGGAUGCCAUCUGGUUGCCGAUUCAAAUCAUG